GAGCGUGAAAGAGAGAUCUCAUCUUCUUCAUCAACAUUUCAUUUCCAUUUCAGUUUUCAGUGAGUUCAUUCUUCUUGUGAACAAGUAAGCGAAGCAUCACAAAAUUCGAAAACGACGCCGUUGGAGCUUGCAUGCUCCCCACUCCGCAACCCACUUCCUUCCCAAACCUCUCUUCUCACCUCCCCUUUCUCCCCAUGAAGGACCGCCCCUAUGGCGCCGUUUACGUUCCGCCGCACCACCGCCUCCGCUCCGUCGUCACCUCCGCCAACCACCACUCCGCCGCCGCCGCUCCCGUUUCCCCUAAGCUCACACAAAACCCUACCCCCCUUAAAACCCCGUUUCUCGAGCAAGCUCCUAACAACACGAACUCGCGCUUCGUUUCUGCUUACGACGACGUCGUUUCCGAUGAUUGUUUCGAUCGUGAAUUUCAGAUUCCACUCCCUUCAUCACUACCGAGUGAUUUCCCCAAUGAUAACAUUGCUGAGUGGAAGAGGAAACUAAGCAUGCUCUUAAAUGACAAGAGUAAGCAGGAGGUGAUUUCGCGGGAGAAAAAGGAUAGGCAUGAUUUCGAGCAAAUAGCGGUUUUGGCGACCGAAAUGGGAUUGUAUAGCCAUAAGUACACGAAGGUUGUUGUGUUCAGUAAGGUGCCACUUCCCAAUUAUAGAUAUGAUUUGGACGAUCGUCGUCCCUUGAGGGAGGUGAGCAUGCCUAUCACCUUGUUUAGGCAAGUUGAUGCACAUUUUGAGGAAUAUCUUAGACAGAAGUCCAGGGUGAACAAAAGCUUUUCAGAUUUGUCACUUGCAAGAUCAAGCAGUAAUGGCAGUGUUGGUACAGACGAGGGGCUUUUUGAGCAACCUGUGCUGCUUGCAUCCAGUAAGGCUGUUGCAGAGAAAGUUCUCUUGCGGAGAAGCUUACAGAUGCGCAAUCAGCAGCAUGCUUGGCAGGAAUCUCCUGAAGGAAGAAGAAUUCUAGAAUUUCGUAGCAGCCUCCCUGCUUAUAAAGAGAAAGAAGCAAUAUUAUCCAUCUUAUCAAGGAAUCAGGUAGUUAUCAUUUCUGGUGAAACAGGUUGUGGCAAGACAACACAAAUUCCACAAUUUAUUUUAGAAUCUGAGAUAGAAGCAGUUCGUGGAGCCGCUUGCAAUAUUAUAUGCACACAGCCAAGACGCAUUUCUGCCAUGUCUGUAUCUGAGAGGGUUGCCUCGGAAAGAGGGGAGAAAUUGGGUGAAUCUGUUGGAUAUAAAGUUCGACUGGAGGGUGUGAAAGGGAGAGAUACCCAUAUUCUCUUUUGCACCACAGGUAUCUUACUAAGAAGAUUACUAGCUGAUAGAAACUUAGAGGGGGUAACUCAUGUUAUUGUGGAUGAAAUUCAUGAACGUGGGAUGAAUGAAGAUUUUCUGCUUAUUGUCCUUAGAGAUCUCCUUCUGCAUCGACCUGAAUUGAAACUAAUUUUGAUGAGUGCUACCCUAGAUGCAGAGCUCUUCUCUUCGUACUUUAAUGGGGCUCCAAUUAUGAAUAUUCCGGGCUUUACAUACCCUGUUAGAACUUAUUUUUUGGAGAACAUUCUCGAAAUGACGGGCUAUAGAUUGACUCCUUAUAAUCAAAUUGAUGAUUAUGGUCAAGAAAGGAUGUGGAAAAUGAACAAACAGGCUCCAAGAAAGAGGAAAAGCCAAAUUGCUUCCACUGUAGAGGAUGCAAUUAGAGCUGCUGAUUUCAAAGAUUACAGCCCACAGACACAGGAAUCUUUGUCAUGUUGGAAUCCAGACUGUAUAGGUUUUAGUCUCAUUGAAUAUAUCUUAUGCAAUAUUUGUGAAAAUGAAAGGCCUGGUGCUGUUUUGGUUUUCAUGACUGGAUGGGAUGAUAUAAGCUCUCUGAAAGAGAAGCUCCUGAGAAAUAAUGUAUUGGGAGAUCCAAAUCGUGUUUUGUUGCUUGCAUGUCAUGGCUCAAUGGCUAGUUCUGAGCAGAGGUUAAUAUUCGAAGAGCCUGAAGAUGGAGUUAGAAAAAUAGUGCUCGCAACAAAUAUUGCUGAAACGAGUAUCACAAUCAAUGAUGUUGUUUUUGUUCUAGACUGCGGAAAGGCAAAAGAAACAUCAUAUGAUGCACUGAAUAACACGCCUUGUUUGCUUCCUACAUGGAUCUCUAAGGUUUCUGCUCAACAAAGAAGAGGAAGAGCUGGUCGCGUUCAACCGGGAGAGUGUUACCAUCUCUAUCCUAGAUGCGUAUAUGAUGCUUUUGCAGAGUAUCAAUUGCCAGAAAUUUUGAGAACACCACUGCAAUCUCUCUGUUUACAAAUCAAAAGUUUAAGACUUGGAAGUAUAUCUGAGUUCUUGUCUAGGGCUCUGCAGUCUCCUGAGAUCCUUGCGGUACAAAAUGCAGUUGAAUAUUUAGAAAUAAUUGGUGCUUUGGAUGAGAGUGAGAAUCUGACUAUUCUAGGGCGCUAUCUAGCUAUGCUGCCUAUGGAACCCAAACUUGGCAAGAUGCUCAUAUUAGGUGCUAUCUUCAGUUGCCUGGAUCCCAUAUUAACUGUUGUUGCUGGUCUUAGUGUUAGAGAUCCUUUCCUAGCACCGAUGGAUAAAAAAGAUCUUGCAGAUGCAGCAAAAUCUCAAUUUUCCGGUGCAUACAGUGACCACCUAGCACUUCUAAGUGCUUAUGAGGGUUGGAAAGAUGCUGAUAUAGACCUGGGUGGAUAUGAAUACUGCUGGAAAAACUUUCUUUCAUUGCAAUCAAUGAAAGCUAUUGAUGCUCUUCGCAGGGAGUUUAUAUGCCUGCUCAAGGAUAUUGGACUAGUUGAUAGCAACACAGCCAGCUACAAUGCGUGGAGCUAUGAUGUGAAUCUUAUCCGGGCAGUUAUUUGCUUUGGUCUAUAUCCUGGAAUUUGUUCCAUUGUGCAUAAUGAGAAAUCAUUCUCGUUGAAAACAAUGGAGGAUGGUCAAGUGCUCUUAUACUCGAACUCGGUGAAUGCUCGGGAAACUACAAUUCCAAGUCCAUGGCUAGUUUUUAAUGAGAAGAUAAAAGUGAACUCAGUUUUUCUCCGUGACUCAACAGCUGUGUCCGACUCAGUGGUGCUUCUCUUUGGGGGAAACUUGUCAAAAGGAGAUGCCGAUAAUCACUUAAAAAUGUUAGGAGGAUAUCUGGAGUUUUUCAUGGAACCUGAUGUUGCUGACAUGUACCUGAGUAUAAGGAGAGAACUUGAUGACUUCAUUCAGAGCAAACUACUUUUUCCCAGAAUGGGUAUGCACUUGUAUCAUGAGCUCCUAUCAGCGGUACGGUUGUUGAUUUCCAAUGACGAGUGUGAAGGAAGAUUUGUUUUUGGUCGCCCGGUUCUUAAAACAUUAAAGAAAUCUGUUAUGGUCUCACGUCCAGCAUUGUUUUCAAGGAUUGAGAGCGGACCUGGGGGUGAAAAUUCCAAAAGUCAGCUCCAAACCUUGCUUGCAAGAGCAGGAUAUGCUAAACCCUUCUACAAGACUGAACAGUUAAUGAACAGCCAGUUUCAGGCUACUGUCGAGUUCAAUGGAAUGCAGAUAAUAGGCCUACCUUGUAAUAAUAAGAAGAGUGCAGAAAAAGCCGCCGCAGCUGAGGCGCUGCAGUGGCUGAUAGGUGUAAAGCAAGCAGACACUGAGUAUUUCAAACAGAUGUCAAUGUUGCUAAAGAAAAGUAAGAAGGAUCACAAUUAAGUAAUCAACUAUAAUGAGCUUAAUGCAAAAGGUAAAAGAGCUCACGGUGAAUUUGUUCAUUCAAUACCACAGAUUCUAUUUGAAGUUGGAAGAUACAAGUUUUGGGGUGAAGCGAAGUGAUCAUCUAUGAAUAUGGAGCAGGAAAUUGCCAAUCAAACCUUGAGGAUAUGAAAUUGUCCAAUUUACUAGAUGGUUAGUGGUAGGUCCAAUUUACAACAUGAGGAUGUAGUACAUAGCAUUCAUUCAUUGGGGGGAUGUGCCAAUUCAGCAGGAAAUGAUGCCAUGCUUGAGUUCUUAUCCCAGCAAUUCUUUGUAAUAUAAUUGAUUAGAUAUCUUUUUUUUUGGUAUAGUGUAGAUGUACGUACAUACAUUGAGCCUCUUGAGCUUUGAACCUUUAGGAGCAAAAUGACAUUGGAAACGAAAAUGACAAAUUUUGGAUGA